GUGCAGCGCAGGCGCCUGGCGGUGGAAGGAGCCGAGGUGGGGGAGAAAGCGAGGGCAUGAACAGAUGCACCGCAGACACCCACCAGUCUGAAGAGCAAGGUAUCUUCCUUCCUCCGGCUGUCAAAUCCAUACCUAUCUCGGUGCUGAAGCAGAAUGGGCUCCUGCUGGCUCUGGCAGAGGGACCCAAUGGGCGCACAGAAGCUGAUCCUAGCGCAGAGUUGCUGCAAGCCCAGGAAGAAUGGGAGGCCGUGGAAAGUCUCCAGUCAGGGAUCGUGGGGACGUCUGCAGGUCACGUGCCCCUGAUUGCCUUCAAUGAAGCACUGCAGUAUUUCCAGACAGCUGACCUGUCAGAGUGCAGGAAAAAGAUCCAGCCAACAGUGCAAAGGCGAGGGCUGUCUGCCAUGGCUCACUUCUUCUUCGGCCCCCCGCGGCUCCAUCAGCAGCUGCAAGGCGAGCGGGAUCUGGCCCUGGCGAUAGCCCAGUGUGGCUUGGAUAAUAAUGAGAAAGUGCACAUGAGGAUCCUGCAGACCAUCUACAAGAAACUAACAGGCUCCAGAUUUGAUUGUCCCCGCUACGGAGCCCACUGGGAAGAGCUGGGCUUUCAAGGUCUGGAUCCUGGGACAGACCUGCGUGGGACUGGAUUGCUCGGGUUAAUGCAAAUUCUGUAUUUUGUAAUGGACUCUCGGACAUUACCCCUCGCUCGAGACGUUUUCAAGCUGUCCCAGCAUGAAUCACAGAAUUUCCCUUUCUGUGUCAUGUCUAUAAAUAUCACUCGCAUCGUGAUCCAGGCCCUGAGGGAAGAACAUCUUUCUCGAGAGUGUAACCGCAGACAGCAGGUCAUUGCAGUGCUGAAUGAUUUGUAUGUGGCCACCUCCCUGCGCCUCUACGUCAUCUGGAAAACCCAACAGAAAACAAUUUCUGACUCUGGCUUCGUUCUAAAAGAACUGGAGGCAUUUGCCAAAAAGAAACCGAAGCAGCUUCUGAGAUAUUUGGAGAUCUACAUGAGUGGGAGAGCUGUGUCAGUAAUAGAUGGUGGUUUUCAACACCCUUCUCCCUCCUCCGGCGUACACAGUCCCGACCUCAACUCUGCCGUCGGCAACAGCAGCAAAGUGAUAAACUUCACGGGAGUGUGCGACCCGCAGGUUGAGAUGGAAGGAGAGGCCCGGCUGAUCUGA